AUGUUUGGGUAUGCGACACUCGCGUUGUUUGUUUGGUGUCUUUUGGGACUCUCGAUUGGGCGCAGAACUGGUGCUGAAGACGGAGAGAUUUUAGAAAAAAUUAACAGCGCAAGAUGCACCUCGCGCUGCCUGACUCUCCACAUGACUCAGCUCACCGCUUCUUUUAAACAUCUACAGACUGAUGACGUUUUGGGCUGGUGUGACAACCACAGACGGUGUUCUCAGUGCUUACAACCAUGCAAAGAACUAUGGGAAACAAGAAGAACCCUGUCUCACAAGGCCUGUGAGAGGCAUUAUGAGUGUUUGACCAGUGCUGAGUUCCUGGUGUCACUGCAAACUCAGAAACAGGGCGACUGCCCUCCUCCUCAGAGAGCCUCGGGUUUCGCCGCUGCCUGCGUGGAAAGCUGCAGCGCCGACAGAGAAUGUUCUGGAACCAAAAAGUGCUGCCCCAAUGGCUGUGGCCACACCUGCCAGGCCCCUGCAAACCUCUUUAAGGGUGUCCCUUUGAAGCCAAGAAAAGACAUGUCCUUCCAAGAAGACCAGCAUGGACAACUAGAGGUGAUGUGGAUGUCCAAGUUCAACGUGUCGAUUGAGCCCGUUCUGUAUGUCCUACAGAGGAGAUGGAACUAUGGCAUUCACCCCAGCGAGGAUGACGCCUCCACCUGGCAGACUGUGCUUAUGACUAUGGAGGAUCAUGCCGUGUUUAAGGAUGUGCGUCCCCACAGGUGGUACCAGUUUAGGGUCAGUGCAGUUAACAGCCAGGGCACACGCGGCUUCACCACUCCCAGCAAGCAUUUCUUCUCAGCACGAGAUCCGUUCCCACCAGAGAUACCGCAGAACAUCCGCAUAGGGAACCACACCGUGCAGGCUGAUGGAACAGAGACCGUUCACCUCCUGUGGGACCCCCCCAAAGAGGAUGACUUGGUGGUCCACCAUUACAAGGUGACCUGGAGUGCCCGCGGGGCAGGCCCCCCGUUGGGCCAGACUCGGAGGGAGAACGCCAGGGUGACGGAUGGGGCUAAGACAGAGUUGGAGCUCCAUGGUCUUCAGCCAAACACACCGUAUUUGGUUCAGAUCCAGACAAUCUCUUACUGGGGUCAGAAACGCCUGAAGAGCAGCCGAGCCCAGUUCUCAUUCUCCACUGCACCUACAGAUUCCUCAGGAUCUCCACACCGAGGGACUAUUACCAGGGAGUUCUCCAACGAGCUUCCUCUCUCCCAUUCCACUCCCAGCAUCCUACGGCUGGAAGCAGCUGCGCCCCACUACCAUGACAACCAGCUCCAGGUCAAGGUCUUCUGGAAGAGUCGGCAACAAGGCAACCAUUCGUAUCGUUUGAGAUGGUAUCCAGAGGUGUGUGCCAAUAAUGUGACCAAGAAAGAGAAGCAAGCUACUGUUCAGGGAACCCAUUUUGUCAUCACUGGCCUGCUGUUUUCCUGUAAGUACAGGGUGGGUGUCAUGCCCGUAUCUGAACAUGGCCAAAGGCUGGAGGCCAUGACCUCUGUUACGACCCCUCAGUGUUCCUCACUGAAAGGCAGAGGGAAGAAAGCUGUUUCCUGUGCCAAGGAAGAGCGCCCCCUGCAGAUGAAGAAAGGCCAUCCACGUCCGGAGAGGCUGGCAGCUGUGUUCCAGGCAGUGAACAGUUCCGUGCAGGGGGUUUUUAGCUGGCAGCUUUCAGAGGCGGUCCCAGGCCAGAUCCCAAUCACGGGCUUCCAGUUCUCCUGGAUCAAAGUGUCCGGCGGCAACAACAGAGCCAACGAGCCCCCGGACACACUCAUCUCCCAAACUCAUAUUUUACCCCCAGACCAGUUGUCGCUCACUGUGGACCACCUGGAGCCGGAGAGUGUGUAUAAAGCCCAGGUGCAGGUUCUGUCUGAGACAGGCAACGGCCCAUCAGUAGCAAGAAUGCUGCACACACCCCAACUCAAUGGCACAUCUUUAUGA